UUGGUAAGAGGAUGAGCUCAUCGUUUAGAAUCAGUCUCCGGGAGAAGCGAGAGAAAACAGGACGUCGCUGGUGUGGACCACAAGAAUCUGCAGACCUGCAACUGACGCCGACUGGACCAGCUUUUAGAAGAAAGAUAUCACAAUAUGGUUUGGUCCAUGGAGGGAGAGACAGAGCGUCCUCCUCUGUCCGUCAUCCUGCCGAGGCUCUACCUGGGAGCAGAGCGCGAUGUGACGCAGGACGGACUGGCUUCUCUGGGGAUCUCCUACGUGUUGAGCGUGAGCCGCUGCAGCCCCCGACCUUCCUUCCUUCCCUGCUCCAGAUACCUCCGCAUCCCCAUCGAUGACUCCCUAUGGGAUGACCUGCUGCCCUGGAUCCCUCAGGCUCUACGCUUCAUCGACGCGGCAAUGUCUUCUGGGGCUUCUGUGCUGGUUCACUGUGCAGCUGGAAUCUCUCGCUCUCCGGCCCUGGCUGUCGCCUACAUCAUGUAUAGCUCGGGAAUGGAUCUGGACCACGCCUACAGGUUUGUGAAAGAGCGCCGACCCUCCAUUUCCCCCAAUUUCAACUUCCUGGGUCAACUGCAGCACUUCCAGAGCACCCUGCGUCAGAAGUCCUCUGGGGAUGACAUCCCGAGCCAGCAGCUGGACAACGUCCUGUCGUACAUCGACAAUAGUAACAAUCGCAUCUCCAUAAAUUCCAAUAAUCAGGCCGGCGUUACCAGUGAUGAAGGGAUGCAAACACACGGAGAGAAUUUCUACCAGCAGAGACAUUCAAAUCCAGACGCAAACGGGAACCAGCACAUUUGGACUCGUCGUAGUAAUCAGCAAGAAAUCCAGACGCCUUUCGGGGUAGCCAAUCCGAGCUCUUGCGUAUCGAUGAAAUCAGCAGCAGUUUCCGCUUCUCUUUCUGACCGACGCAAAAGCCUCAGUCUCUCGCUGACCCCUUUGGGGACAUGCCAAGCCGAGAGCAGUGGUUUGUCAGGAGGUGUCCACAAGAGGGCAGACAAAUUGCAGGCAAAGACACCGAGUAGGCAAUCGGGGGAGACGCAGAACCCGUCACAGGAAAAACGCAGCGCCGCUGAAGUGAAGGAGGAGCAGGGCCUGCUUUCGCCGCUGAGCUGCACACUCAACAAAUUGCUGGACUGGGGGGAAAGAGUCCUACUGGGGGGUGUUUUUGCCCACCCUGUCAAGAUGGGACAGCCGGCUUUGCCGUACAGGUGCUGAGUGGAAUGGUUACGAAUCGGUACUUGUUUAUUUAUUUCUGGGAUGAGAGAAUGAUUCUCCGCUUAUCCGCUUAUUUUGCCCCCCCCCCUCCCCACUGUCAUCUUGUUGUUUGUAAGAUGGCGAUAUUUUUCAUUCCUCGUCGCUUUAGUCUCAAUUGUACAGUAUUUACUGAUGAUUAAAGAUUGAAUUUCAA